UUUCUCGGCGGUGCCGCAAUGCUAUGUAGAGGGGACCUGAAGUGUUGGUGUUUCAGCGGGUGGUUCGGAUAGGAUGUGUUUGUUGCAGAGACUACGAAGUGUUUCUCUCUAAAAUGUAAAUAAUCGUGAAUGAUUAGUGCUGUAAUCACCAAAAAUUGCCCUCAUUUAAGAUGGAAGUGAGCGGUACGCCGUCGAUUACCAAGGCCUUAUGUUUCAUUUGAUUUGGCCUCAACCCGUUUGUCUUUAGAUCCACCGUUUGUUUAGUUAUGAAGCAAAUAGUUAUAUCAUUAGUAUACGCUAAAUUAUUUAGUAAAUGUGAGUGUGCUGUCGGUGAUAAAGUGUUAGCUGUCUCGCAACCUGAAACUAAGAUUAUCACUUUCACCUAAUGUUUUUAUUGCUGAGAGACCUAAAGCCAUAGAAAAAGUGAAAUCUUCUAACAUUGGGUGUACCAUAACUGAACAUAAUGGAGAAAAUCUGUCGGCUGUGCAUGAGCAGAGCUGAAGAUUUGAUUUCCAUCUUCGAAACCACUGACGAAUUUGACCGUACCGUUGCAAAUAAAAUAUCAGCAUGUGUUGCCAUAGAGGCUAUGGAAGGUGAUGGAUUGCCAUCUGAAAUUUGUAAGGAAUGUGCCUCGCUCUUGGAUGUUAUGUAUAACUUCAAGGAAAAAUGUCGGGCAUCAGACUGGACACUUCGAAAGCUGAAAGCUAGAGCGACACAUCAUCGUCAAUUUGUGGGCCCUGUAUACAAGUUGAUGAAUGAAACAAAUCCUGAUGUAAAUCUUGAUGCAAGGCUGGCCAAGAAUCUGAUUGGAUAUCACAAUGCUGCUCCUGCUGAGGGGCCUGAAACUUUCUUGGUGCAAAAGGGGCCUGAGGUGAUAGCUAUCACAGUCAUUGAUCCUAAUGCACCUGGGGAUUGUACAAAAUCGAAUACAUCUGGUGGUUGGACUGACCCAAUGAAACCGCAUGAUAUGCAGUCUUCAGUGGAUGGCAGAUCUCUUUAUGGGGGAACUCCUGGCAGUUCUUCACCAGAUCUCGCCGAGGGAGCUCCAAUAUUAUUUGUCAAUGAAGGUAUCGACUCCGAUGGACAGUUGGUAACAGAAUUUGAACCAGUAAGUGCAUUCCACCCUGAAGCUCUUCGGCGCAGACUCGAAAGAGAUCUUCCAAAAAGUGAAAAUGAUAUGCAACCGGCCUCAAAAAGUGAAACUGAUACGCAACCGGCUUCAGAAAGUGAAACUGAUAUGCAGUCUGCUGCAGAGCAAAGAUCAGAGCAAAGAAAUUCUGCAGUUCACGUGUGCCGAGAAUGUAAGGAACCAUUUGGAACUGAAGAAGAAAUGAUUAAUCAUCUAAAGACUCAUUAUAGUUGUAUAGAUUGUGGUCAGACUUUUACAGAGGUUGACGAGUUGACCGAACAUUGCAAAAUGUUAUGUGCAGCAGAACCUUGGAGUUGCAAAACAUGUGGAAUGACAUUUAGCAGUAAAGACAAACUUCAUAAUCAUUUACAAGUCCACACAGAGAAACCAUAUAUCUGUGACGAGUGUCCAUCCUCGUUUUCAAGAAAGGAUGUUCUUGCAAGACAUAAAGCUAUUCAUUCUGGGCGCCAGUUUAUUCAUGUUUGUGAUGAGUGUUCUAGAGUAUUUACGCGUGAAGAGGACAUAAAUUUGCACAAGCUAACCCAUUCAUUUUGUAAAGAUUGUGGCGUUCAGUUUGCAUCGAGUCAGGAAUUGUCAGCGCACAAAUUGUCGUGCCCAAAUGUUAAACCUUGGCCUUGUGACUUAUGUGAUAAAUCAUUUGUUUCAAAAGACAGACUUAAUCGACACUUAAAAAUACAUUCUUCUGAUAAACCGUAUGUAUGCGAAAUUUGUUCAGCUGCAUUUAAUAGGAGAGAUAAACUGACAAGACAUAAAACAACACACAGUGGUGACAGACCUUAUCAGUGUGAAUAUUGUGAUCUUAGCUUCACCCGAAGAGACAAACUUGGAAGACAUAUGACCACUCACUUUAAAUCUCAAGUUAAUAAUGAGGAAAACUUCAGUUAGGGGGAAGAAAUUUAUUUUCAUGAGUUUUUUUCAGCUGAAUAAUUUCAAAACAUUGUGACAGCUGCAAUUUUCCAACAUGUUUCAUCAUUAUCUCAAAUUUAAAUUAUGUUCUGAUUUUAUUUAUUUAUUAUUUUUCAUUAAUUUGUUCAUUUCAUCCUCCUUCGGUGUUACACAUGAGCAUCGUUUAGAAAUGCCCUUGACAUAAGAUAUGUAUUUAUAAUUUGUCAUUAAUCGUACAGGCAAUUUUGCCUUAGAAACUGAAUUAUUGGGCAUAUAAUGCUGUAUGCUUUUCUGCAAUUUUCCCUCUUGAACGUAUGCCUCCGCCAAUUUUUGGCUUGAAUUGAUCAUGUAUGGAACAUACAAGUUUGUGAAUUAAUAUUUAAAAAAGUUUUCGUUAGCCCUUACUUUAGGAGGGUAAAAACUUUCAAGCUUUUACAUGGAAGGUACGGCGACUCCCUUGUUGAACUGUCUGUAAUAACAUUAACCCCUAAACUUUCUUUCUACUGUAGCUGAACAAACAAAGCACUGUUGUGAUCAUGACAAAUAAGUUAGAGUAGUUAACAUUUUUGGUAGCAGUGAGUCCAGUGGCUUUAUGUCUCUGCUGUGUGACAGUAGACUAAAAAUUACUCAUAUUUGAGUGAAAGCAUUCUAGAAGCACUGAGAUGGCUACCAACAAGGCACUUGACAUUUCAUGGAGAAUGGGGCACACAUGCUGCAUUUAAUAAAGAAGUUUUCUAGAAAUAAUUGAUUUUCUAAUGAGUAUUAUCUUGUUUAUUUAGAUGGCAUUCGUAUUUUGAGUCCAGGUGUUUAUACAGAGAUAGGGACUAAAAAAUGAACCCCCAGAUUAUUUCAGGAAAUGCAUUAUUAUUUUAGUUGUCAGAGUCUAAAAACUAGUGUUUCUGUCUUUCUUACAGUGAAAAUAUUUUUUCAGUUGUGUUAGUGUGUAGAUAUGACAGAAGAAAUCACUCCAAAACCAAUACACAUAGGAAGAAAGCAAAGCAAAGUCAAGUCAUAGAACAUGAAUGACUGGGAGACCCUGAAGAAAAGAUGCAGGCACCUUUCUUACAUGAAGUAUAUGAGCUGUCUGUGUAAGUGUAGAUGUUUAGUGUAGGUGACUGGAGUGAGUGAGCAAGUGUGUGUGUGUGUGUGUGUGUGUGUGUGUGUGUGGGGAGAGAGAGAGAGAGAGAGAAGGUGAUGAGAGAAGGAAGAGGGUGAAACCCGGAGCUGGAACAUAGCCUACUCCUCUCGAAGAGCACCAAGAGGCCCACCGAGCUUAACGACCCCAUCCGAUGGACAGAUCACCAUCAACAGUGUUGCAUGCUCUCACUUCAUGAGACAUUGAGGAGAGGUUCGGAAUUCAAUACAGACCAUUGGCACAAAGAUUAUUGACCAGGGACCUUACACCUCUACCCCUCCUAUUGCCUCUGCUGCAAAGGCAAAUGAAAAUUUUCAAUAGUGCGCAACAUACCCAGAUGGUCAUCCACCUAAGUACUGGCCAUACCUGAUGGUGCUUAACUUCAGUGAUCUGAUGGGAAGAAUGUGUAUUAUAGAAGUUUUACAGAUGAGUGCCAACAUACAAUGUAAUUACUGGAUAUCUUGACAACAGAGUCAGUAUUAAAGAGGAAUGGUAAUGCUUUGAAGAAUCUUCAUUUUUUAAAAUUAAUGUAAGUACUUUCCUUUCCUGUAUUUUGAAGUUACUAUGUUCAUAUUGAAUCGGACUGAGUAUAGUGUCACCUUAAUUUUCACAUGCUGUGGCAUGUGAAUCAUUUCUGCUUCAUUAUAACAAAAACAAAGAAAAACUGCUACUUCUGGAAAGCAUGUCAUUUAUUUAUUCAUUCAGAGAUCAUCUUAAAAUGGUAGAGGAUUCGUCAAAAUACAAUGAAAAUAGGAACCUCAAAAAAUAUAGAUACACAUAGAAUAUAUAAGUACGCUUUGAGGAUAGGACAUGUGGUUGGCCAUGGCCUUGAUGAAUGAACCAUCCCAGCAUUUGCCUGAAAUGGUUUAGGAAAACCUAAAUCAGAAUGGCUGGAAAGAGGAAAAAAUUCCCCAACCUUCUGAAUAUAAUGUUAGCACUUCAACAACUGCACUGCCUCUUUCGGUUAGUCCCUGUUGUGCAAUGUUUUCUUCAUACAUAAUUUGCACAAGAUAAAUUGCGAUACGAAACUAGUUUCCUACUGUCUUUUUGCUUCUGUCUACACUGUCACUGCCUACUCUAAGGAACAGAGUCAGUAUAAAAGAGGAAUGGUAAUGCUUUGAAGAAUCUUCAUUUUUUAAAAUUAAUGUAACUACUUUCCUUUCCUGUAUUUUGAAGUUACUAUGUUCAUAUUGAAUCGGACUGAGUAUAGUGUCACCUUAAUUUUCACAUGCUGUGGCAUGUGAAUCAUUUCUGCUUCAUUAUAACAAAAACAAAGAAAAACUGCUACUUCUGGAAAGCAUGUCAUUUAUUUAUUCAUCCAGGGAUCAUCUUAAAAUGGUAGAGGAUUUGUCAAAAUACAAUGAAAAUAGGAACUUCAAAAAAUAUAGAUACACAUAGAAUAUAUAAGUACGCUUUGAGGAUAGGACAUGUGGUUGGCCAUGGCCUUGAUGAAUGAACCAUCCCAGCAUUUGCCUGAAAUGGUUUAGGAAAACCUAAAUCAGAAUGGCUGGAAAGAGGAAAAAAUUCCCCAACCUUCUGAAUAUGAUGUUAGCACUUCAACAACUGCACUGCCUCUUUCAGUUAGUCCCUGUUGUGCAAUGUUUUCUUCAUACAUAAUUUGCACAAGAUAAAUUGCGAUACGAAACUAGUUUCCUACUGUCUUUUUGCUUCUGUCUACACUGUCACUGCCUACUCUAAGGAACAGAGUCAGUAUAAAAGAGGAAUGGUAAUGCUUUGAAGAAUCUUCAUUUUUUAAAAUUAAUGUAACUACUUUCCUUUCCUGUAUUUUGAAGUUACUAUGUUCGUAUUGAAUCGGACUGAGUAUAGUGUCACCUUAAUUUUCACAUGCUGUGGCAUGUGAAUCAUUUCUGCUUCAUUAUAACAAAAACAAAGAAAAACUGCUACUUCUGGAAAGCAUGUCAUUUAUUUAUUCAUCCAGGGAUCAUCUUAAAAUGGUAGAGGAUUCGUCAAAAUACAAUGAAAAUAGGAACCUCAAAAAAUAUAGAUACACAUAGAAUAUAUAAGUACGCUUUGAGGAUAGGACAUGUGGUUGGCCAUGGCCUUGAUGAAUGAACCAUCCCAGCAUUUGCCUGAAAUGGUUUAGGAAAACCUAAAUCAGAAUGGCUGGAAAGAUGACUUCGGGAGCACGAACAUCCUGCUACGCCCCUUGCACUUCGUUCAAUCCAUCCGGAAAACUGAUUCCAGGACCACAGACAUGCUACCAUAUGUGAUGCACAUCUAGAUGUCAUCCCUUCAGUUUGCAUAGAAAAAUGAUCCAGUAUACCAUUUUAAGCAAUUCCUCAUAAUUGAGUCGGCAAGUAACAUUGUGUGGCAUGAAAUAUUUAAAAUUAUGUUGGUUGCUUCUUUGUAUGGUAUUUUGUCUCUUUGAAGCUGUAACCAAGAGGAAAGUCAUACAGUUGAUCUAAGAUGAAUUUUCCUACAUGCUUGCCAACAGUGAAACACAGACAGGCUGUUAAGACAUCAUGUUUAUUCUAGAGUUGAUGUCUUUUCAGCCAAAUCCUGGUGAUCUGGUGAAGGGGUAUUCCCAAAUGGGAAUAUUUUAGGGAUUACCAAUUGUGAUAUUUUCCUUACUAACAAUAGAAAUAUCUCAAAAACAUUAGUUGGAACUUGGUAAUUGGAACCAUUUUUAUUUUGUUUCUGGGACCCUAUAGCCCAACCAAAAAUAGGCCUUUUGUGUGUGUGUGUGUGUGUGUGUGUGUGUGUGUGUGUGUCAGUAAGUACGUGUAACAGAGUAAAGUUGACGACUUGUUCCACAACUGUGUCGGGAUACCCAGCCAUCGACUAAUAACUGGUGGAUCCGAGAGAGAUCUGUGUUAGUUUUGUUUCCUAUUUAUGAAUAAAUCUAUUAGUCACCAUCCUCUUUCUUAUUUCUGAUCACAUUUUCUGUCUGGUACAAGCAUAUUCAAAAUGGUACAGCAUAAGAAAAUGUUUGGAAGUGAUUGAAUUGGAUUUGUAGUAAACCAUGUGCCUUGUUCAGUACAUGAUAAAUAAGUCUUGAGGUCUUGCUAAUCCAUGUGAGGCACCCCACCUUAAAAUUAACAGAAACCAUAAAAAUUAGUUAACCCCUUGCUAGAAUAAUUAACACAUCUGAUGCUAGAGACAGUGAAAAUAUAAAUGUGAAAUAAGUGUUGUAUAGUAGAAAUCAAGUUAAGAGGAAUGAAUUGGGGGCUACCCAUCUAAUAUUAAAAAUUAAAUGUAUAUUUAUGUACAAUGUAUGUAUCGUGUAAAUAGUAGCUGUAUAAACCCUUUGUUUUUCUGAGAACUGUGUGCUAUGUGGGGCUGUAAUGUGUUAGUAAGCAAAACUGAAUGUAUUAAUUGUGAUCAAUGCAUACUAGAUGUAUUAAUUUUGAUUUUAAUUGUCUGCAGUUAUUAUUUAGAUUCUAAGUUUUUGUGUUGCAGUAGCUACAUUUUAAAAAGGCAGCUGACUGAUUUUUUUUGUGAUGUUGAAAUAUUUUCUGUUUGUUGGUGUACUUCUAUGUAUUAGUUAGAUCGUGAUAAAGAUUAUGUACAUUUUCA